AUGGAGAUGAGCAGGGGGUGGCAGGAGCUCGGCGUCGUCGACACCAUCUACGAGGACGACCACGAGGAGGAGGAGGACGACGACCACGACGAGGAACAAGAGGAGGAGCGCUUCGACUCGCCCACCAUGUCGUCCUCGGCGGCCACCUCGCGCUCCUUCUCUCCGGAGGUGGAGGACGCCGCCGCCGCCGCCGCCGCGCACCCGUCCCUGCCGCCGGCGCUCAGGCGCGCCGUGCAAGCCUGGUACCGGGAGAACGGAUCGCGCAAGCCCGACGUGAUCGUCCGCGUCCAGGAGCAUCGCCUCCCUCUGCACAGGGACGUAAUCACGUCGCGAAGCAGCUACCUGAGGCGUCUGCUGUCGGAGUCCAGCGACGUCGCCAUCGCGCUGCCGGCGGGCCUCACGUUCGACGCGUUCGCGCAGGCCAUCGCGACCUGCUACGGCUCCGACGAUGCAGCAGCGGCGCUGUCCCCAGCGAGCCUCGCGGCGGCGUGGGCGGCGGCGGGCUGGCUGGAGCUGGGCCCGGGCGCGGGGCGGGACCCCUACGACCUGGCCCACGCCGCGGAGGACUACUUCUUCCAUGAGGUGGCCACCGACCACGGCCGCGCCGCGGGCGUGCUGCGGUGCUGCGCGGCGUUCCUGGGCGGCGAGGCUGCCGGCCCCGCCGCGGACCUGCUCGUCCGGUGCCUCGAGGUGCUCGCGGCGUCCGACAGCGGGAGCGGGAGGUGGCUCGACGACGUGGCCGCGCUCCCCGUGGAGGAGUUCCUGGUGGCCGUGGAGGCCAUGCGCGCGCGGUUCGCGCACGACCACGACCUCAUGUACACCGUCGUCGACCACUACCUGGAGAACCACAAGGGGAAGCUUACGGAGGAGGACAAAUCCCGGUUGUGCUACAACGUCAACUGCACCAAGCUGUCGCAGCACCUCUUCAUGCACCUCGUCCAAAACCCGCGCCUCCCGCUCCGCUUCGUCGUGCAGGCCAUGUUCGUGGAGCAGCUCCACUCCCAGCACACCAUGCUCCUCAGCCAUCACCACCAGGCCGCUGCACCGGCGCCGACGCGAUCGGAAGCGCCGCUCCUCAAGCCGUCCCUCUCGGGCGUCUUCAGGGGCGGCGGCGUCGCGGUCCCGGGGGAGGACGACAGCAUGUCGCUCGGCGACAUCCUCCAGCGCGAUGCCGCGCUGCGCCAGUCCGCGCACAUCCGGGCGUCCAUGCAGGCCACCAGCCUUCGCAUCGACACCCUCGAGCGCGAGCUGGCGGGUCUCCGCACCCGCUUGCGCCGUUCCGAGCAGCAGCAGGCCGAGGCCGAGGCAGCGGCCGCCACUGGCGCCACCUUGAUCGGCAAGUCCGCCAGCUUCCGGAUCCCGCGAAGCCGGCUCUGGGACGGCGAGGAGCUCGCGCCCGUUGGCCCCGGGCGCGCCGCUGCCAGGGACAGCAAUGCGAGAGGCUUCAAGUCACGGUUGGUGCACGGGUUCAAGAACCUGUUCGGCAGGAGGCAAGGGGCCGCCGGUGCGCUGUCUGCGUGCAGCGAGGACGCCAGUACCCGCUGCUUCGGUGACAAAGGCCCCGCCGCUGCUGCGCCGGAGCUGGGGAGCGACGACGACGAGGACGUAAUCACGUCGCGAAGCAGCUACCUGAGGCGUCUGCUGUCGGAGUCCAGCGACGUCGCCAUCGCGCUGCCGGCGGGCCUCACGUUCGACGCGUUCGCGCAGGCCAUCGCGACCUGCUACGGCUCCGACGAUGCAGCAGCGGCGCUGUCCCCAGCGAGCCUCGCGGCGGCGUGGGCGGCGGCGGGCUGGCUGGAGCUGGGCCCGGGCGCGGGGCGGGACCCCUACGACCUGGCCCACGCCGCGGAGGACUACUUCUUCCAUGAGGUGGCCACCGACCACGGCCGCGCCGCGGGCGUGCUGCGGUGCUGCGCGGCGUUCCUGGGCGGCGAGGCUGCCGGCCCCGCCGCGGACCUGCUCGUCCGGUGCCUCGAGGUGCUCGAGGCGUCCGACAGCGGGAGCGGGAGGUGGCUCGACGACGUGGCCGCGCUCCCCGUGGAGGAGUUCCUGGUGGCCGUGGAGGCCAUGCGCGCGCGGUUCGCGCACGACCACGACCUCAUGUACACCGUCGUCGACCACUACCUGGAGGUGUACAAUGAGACCAUAGGACCACCAUUAAUGGUGGUGCUCGCUGUACUUGCGCAGUUGCGCUUAGGCUAUUUGCUCUCACGGUCCUACUGUACUUGGUACCAAGCAGUUAAGAACCACAAGGGGAAGCUUACGGAGGAGGACAAAUCCCGGUUGUGCUACAACGUCAACUGCACCAAGCUGUCGCAGCACCUCUUCAUGCACCUCGUCCAAAACCCGCGCCUCCCGCUCCGCUUCGUCGUGCAGGCCAUGUUCGUGGAGCAGCUCCACUCCCAGCACACCAUGCUCCUCAGCCAUCACCACCAGGCCGCUGCACCGGCGCCGACGCGAUCGGAAGCGCCGCUCCUCGCCGUCCCCUCCGGGCGUCUUCAGGGGCGGCGGCGUCGCGGUCCCGGGGAGGACGACAGCAUGUCGCUCGGCGACAUCCUCCAGCGCGAUGCCGCGCUGCGCCAGUCCGCGCACAUCCGGGCGUCCAUGCAGGCCACCAGCCUUCGCAUCGACACCCUCGAGCGCGAGCUGGCGGGUCUCCGCACCCGCUUGCGCCGUUCCGAGCAGCAGCAGGCCGAGGCCGAGGCAGCGGCCGCCACUGGCGCCACCUUGAUCGGCAAGUCCGCCAGCUUCCGGAUCCCGCGAAGCCGGCUCUGGGACGGCGAGGAGCUCGCGCCCGUUGGCCCCUGGGCGCGCCGCUGCCAGGGACAGCAAUGCGAGAGGCUUCAAGUCACGGUUGGUGCACGGGUUCAAGAACCUGUUCGGCAGGAGGCAAGGGGCCGCCGGUGCGCUGUCUGCGUGCAGCGAGGACGCCAGUACCCGCUGCUUCGGUGA